CAGGCAUGCUAACCCAUCUCAAGCGCAGCAUACCGGACCUACGUCAACACAAGAUCCAUCUUCAACCGCUGACGAGUCACGAUUACCUUGCCAAGCAGAUGACCACGCCGUUGACGAAACCAGCACGAAGAAGCUCGGCCGCCGGUGAAAGCUGCCUCAGCCAGAACGCCGUGCAUCCAACGUCGACGACAUCCAGUCACUAUACCACGCCAUCGCCACCGCAACAUCCACAGUCUCAUGGUGACUUUCAAAGUGGACCAGGCCGGCCAGUAGAAGAGAUAAACGCGAGAAUAGACCAGCUAUCGCGACAAGUAUCCUCGCUGGAGCAUUCUAUGGGAGAGAACAUCAGGUUGAUCUUGACUCUGCUGCAACAGACGCUCAACUCGUCGAGGGAAAGUUCCAGCAUCGAGAUGAUGCCUGGAACCACUUCCGCUGGAUUGUCGAAGCAAAGUAGUAGUAGAGCUCCGGCGUUGGUCCAACGAUCGGCCAGUGAACCACAACCACCGACAGGUCCGCCGUCGAGCAAUGGAAAUGGAAAGCUGCAGCCCAGCACGUCUCACAGUUUGUUCAGCAGACCCCCAACGAAAGAGCCAACGUCAACCUCCUCGGGUACAUCACGAAUGACGGUCACGUCGGACACUUCCGCUUUGGCGACAGCCCUCCAAACGGCGUUGAACGGAAGAACCGCUCCGACGAGGUCACAGAGCCAACCGGUUGACCUGGCCGUGCCACCACCCACGCAACAGGCACACCUGCCACACGCGUGGCACAGUCAACCUGCUGCAUUUAGGAGAGGAGAGUUCAGAAGCGGCAGCGAAUCGCGAAAGGAGCCGACGAAUCAUCGUGGCUCCGCCGAUCUGGCAGCCAGUCAACGUUCGGAGAGCAGGCAACCAACCCGGGAGGAAGGCACCGGAGUACUCGACAAGCGGCAAGAGUCCUCGAGGCAAACCAGCGAGGACAUCUCCUGGGAGUACACGAUAAACGAGGCGCCGAUCGCGAGACUGGAGUCGUUGGACGAACUCGAUCAGGAUCACGGUAGUUAA